UGAGUGCAAACGAUACAUCAAUAUGUGAUCUCAAGCCGAGACUUAAAUGUUCUCUCUAAGUGGCUGCUCUUUCCAGGACUAAAGGUUAACUUGUCCAUUCUCCGUGGAGGGAUGUUUUGGGGGGAGUGGGGGAUAAGAAUGGAACAGUCUUGCUUCAUAUUUUGUCCUACCUAAAGAGGGUGGAUUUGUUCCGAUUCCACACACCCACACCCACACCCAUACUGGAUUAUUUUGCUGGUCAGACUUCUGUGUAGCCAAGAGAAAAGAGAGAGAAUCUGUUGUCUAUAUAGGAGCUUUUAAUGAGCAGCUGCGCCCCUUGGGACUGCAAGCUGGAAUCGAAGGCUGCUGCUUUCCAGUCUCUUGCCAUUUCUUCACUAUUUCCCCUGCCUCAAUUUUUUUCCCCCCAACGGGCCUAAGGAAAGCAAAAAGGGAACUGUCCAAGGUGCUAGAAUGCUGGCUGCUUGGCUACUGAAUGCAAACGGAUUGCAGGAAAAGUGAAGCCUCAGAUUACUGCUCAAAGCCGAAGGUAGGCUUUCUCUUUGUUUGAGAAUCCCUGAUUAAUCAACAACAGCAUCAACAGAAAGGGAGAGAGAGAGAGACAGCGAGAAGGCGGGGGGGGGGGCAGAGGGGAAGAACGCAAGAAAGACUGUUUUACAACCUUCCGUGUUUAGAUGGCAACAAGGACUGCUUUUCCAACUGCACGGAGCCAUUUGGAUACAAUGCUUUCUAUCCAUGCUUUUUCUUUCUCUUGGUCUCCACAGCAUCCACUCCAAUGAGGCACCUUAACCCCCUCUCUAUCAUCACAUAUGCUGGUGCUGUAAUCUUCUGUGUGGUGGGCAAAAAACCCUCCCAUUUCAUUUCUUUUGGACUUCAAAGCAGGGUACCACUGGUGCCCCCUGAUACUUUAACUGUCUGUUCUUUCAAGGUGGAUUUAAGAUGCCAGAUCCUCUCUCUUCCCAAUACUGUAUUUUUGAAAGUCAAACUUUAAAAGCCUUUUUAAAAUCCUGUAUGGAGAAGACCUGUAUUUUGAAUUAAACAUACUGACUUCUGGAGAUGCAGAAUGCUACAAUUUGGAUAUCUUUGCCAAGGAGAUCGCAAGCACUUUAACUGAAGAAAAACUGAGCCAGUCUGCAAAAUCUGUUUUUGUUUUUUUUAAUGGUGCUGAAAUAUCCCUUCACUCUGCACUGAGCUAAAUCAUAGGAAAGGGCUUUUACAGAUAAAAGUCACCUUUAAUUAUUGCACUUAGCAGUCCCCCAAGGACUUUAAUCUUGGAAGUAUUUCCCACAAGAUGAUGAAUUCUAAUCAAGAGGAGGUCACUUUGGGCACUUUUCUCCAGUACAUUGAAGAUAUGGGCAUGAAGGCCUAUGAUGGUUUGGUUAUACAGAAUGCUUCUGACAUUGCUCGGGAGAAUGAUCGCAUGAGAAAUGAAACCAACCUGGCUUAUUUGAAAGAAAAGAAUGAAAAGCGCCGGAAACAAGAAGAAGCAAUAAAACGCUUAGGUGGUGAAGUGGGGAAAGCAAAUGAAGGAAGCUACAUAGGCAAACAUUUUCGUAUGGGAUUUAUGACGAUGCCUGCACCUCAGGACAGACUGCCUCACCCUUGUUCAAGUGGUUUUACCGUAAGAUCCCAAUCACUACAUUCUGUUGGAGGCACUGAUGAUGAAAGCAGUAGCUGCUCCCGGAAGCAACCACCACCAAAACCCAAACGAGACCCCAGUACGAAACUAAGCACAUCUUCUGAAACUGUAAAUGCUGGAACAACAAGUAAGAGUGCAAAGCUGCCAGACAGGACUGAAGUACCCACCAAGCCAAGGCCUCACAGUGAUGAAUACACCAAGAAGGUUCCUCCCCCAAAGCCAAAGCGGAAUCCAAACACUCAACUAAGUGCAUCUUUUGAUGAAACCUAUAUCAAAAAGCAUGGCUCCAUAAAGUCUGUGCUAAGUAGAGAUUCUUCUUUGACCCAAGUCAGCAGUCCUGCUCCAGAUGCAGAGGAAGAAGAGCCAGUUUAUAUUGAAAUGGUUGGAAAUAUAUUAAGAGACUUCAAAAAAGAUGAGGAAGAUCAAAAUGAGGCGGUGUAUGAAGAAAUGAAAUAUCCCAUCUUUGAGGAUGGAGGCCAAGAUUCAAAGUGUCCAUGUGAGUUUGACCAUCACAGCUGUUCCUCUCAGUGUGCUACUCCCACAGUGCCUGACCUUGAUUUCACCAAGCCCUCAGUGCCACCCACUCCCAAAGGUGUGAUUUGUGAUAUCCCACCACCAUUCCCAAAUUUGCUUCCUCACAGACCACCACUCUUGGUAUUCCCACCUGCACCAGUGCAAUGUUCCCCAAAUUCCGAUGAAUCUCCUUUAACACCUUUAGAAGUCACAAAGCUUCCCGUAUUAGAAAAUGUGUGUUACAUUAAACAGCAAACUGGAGUGUCUCCAUCAUCAUUGCCACCUCAUACUCCAAGUCAUCAAAAACUAGAGAAAGACCAGACAGCUUCCCAUGGAACUAGUACUCCAGGGCACUCCUCUUCACCUCCUCAUCCUUCUACCCUAUACAGAACACAGUCUCCCCAUGGCUAUUCCAAAAGCCACUCGGCCUCUCCCUCUCCUGUGAGUAUGGGUCGGUCACUUACUCCUUUAAGUCUCAAAAGACCUCCUCCUUAUGAUUCUGUACAUUCAGGAAGUCUCUCAAGAAGUUCUCCAUCAGUGCCUCAUUCUACUGCCAGAAACAUAUUGCAAGAAGGAGGGAAAAUGGUAAAUGCCUCUGUCAACACCUACGGGUCAUCAUCACAGAGUACUUCACGUUCUAGAACACCCACUAGUCCUCUGGAGGAAUUAACCAGCCUUUUUACCUCAGGACGAAGUUUACUGAGGAAAUCUUCCAGUGGAAGAAAAUCUAAAGAGCCUGCAGAAAAACCAUUAGAGGAACUAAAGAUCAGAAGUCACAGUACUGAACCAUUACCAAAGCUGGAAAACAAAGAAAAAGGAGGUCAUCAUGGGUCAUCUUCCAGAGAGCCAAUAAAAGCUCAGGAAUGGGAUGGAACACCAGGACCAUCACUUGUGUCUAGCCGACUUGGAAGGUCUUCUGUUAGUCCAACCAUGUUGGCAGGAAAUAAUAAUUCAGAACUGAAAUCAAGCUGCAGAUUAGGGAGAUCUGCUUCCACAUCAGGUGUUCCUCCUCCCUCUGUUCCUCCUCUCAGGCAAGCCACUGAACUGCAACCGAGCCAGGUGACAUGCAUGCAGUGGUUGCAUGGAGACCAUACAAUGCUGGAAAUGAUUGAGAAAAAACGUUGCCUGUGCAAAGAAAUCAAGGCACGACAGAAAUCAGAGAAAGGACUUUGCAAACAAGACAGCAUGCCUAUCCUGCCAAGUUGGAAAAAAAGCACAGGAACUAAGAAAUACAGUCCUCCUCCAUAUUCCAAGCAACAAACUGUUUUCUGGGAUACUGCAAUAUGAUACGUCCAUGGGGAUUAUUUAUCUUCCAUACAUUCCUGAAGAGUGCACUGUCAGAGUACCUUUCUAGAAAGGUAGUUGAAGAAAGCUUACUAAAAUGGUACCUUCCUGUCCAUCAGACCCCAGUGAAUUGAAUUUCCCACUGAAAUGAAGGCAUGCACCUUUUCUGAGGAUUCUUUUGGACCAAGAAAAAGAGUAAGAUGUAAAUAUUUUCCAAAUCUCUUUAAAAGAAAACCCAAGUUAAUACACUUUUUCAAAUAUAAUGCAAAUAUGUAUGAAACAUUUUAACUGUGUACUCUUUUAACUUUUUUCUGUGUUACCUUUAUGUUUUUAUUUUCCCAUCUGCCCAAUUUGAUAUCUUUACAAAAGCAUGUGGAUGUACAUUUUUGGUUUAACAGUAAAAUGUUCAACUCAAACUGGUGCUAGGGCUGAAGUCAUUAAAUAAAGAUUCACGUGGAUUCGUUAGAUGCAUUUUCUAUAAAAAGUCUUAGAAUCUAAGUGCAAAUAAUGCAGGUAAAACAGUAUUUGCUUGGAUGCUCAAUGUGGUUAUUCUGCACAUUUUUUUUAAAAAAAGUGUGUUCGUUGAUAUACAAAAUGUCAAUUACAGAUUUCAUAAAUAUUAAUUUAUGUAGAAAUAUUGGCAAAAUCAUUUACACCAGCUUCCCUCAUAUGGCUGGAGAGUUGAUUGUGGCAUUUGAUGGAUAUCCUCCAAAAACCUUUGUAAACAGAUGCUGCACAAGGAACAUUCCCACCAAACACUGUUCAGCUGCAUGAAUUAGCAAACUGAUUUUAAUUGUUGAUUCAGCCCACAUUGUCAGUUUGAUCCAAUUCAGUGUUUCAAAUGAUUUCCAAAACAAUAAAGUCAAUUUUAAAUUUAUUUGAAGAGAUAAUUUAAAAUGCAUCUAGAUCAAAUCUCUAAAACAAAUAUUUGCACAACCCUUGUGCUCACUUUCCUUAAAGAGAACUAGUGGUAGGGAGAAGAUGCCUGGAAGUGAGUCACCUCACCCUUCCCAUACAGAUUAUCAGUUAGCAGGCAAUUCUGCUUGCUAGUUUAGCUUUGCAGUGCAUAAAGUAUGCAAGAAUGCUGCAUAUUGAACAAUGGAUUUGGAUGUGAGACUCUUGAAAGCAUUGAUCGUUACUUACAUUGAUCAUUAUUUAGAAUAAAGAUAAAUGCAAGGGGCAUCUGCACAUAGAAAUGGGCUUCUUGACAUAGAUUACAUUACUGGAUCAGGGUAAAUAUAUUUAGCAAUGCUAAUAAGUUAGAGUGAUUAAACAUGUACAUGUCUUGUACAUGUACUACCUUUACAGAAAAUUUUUCUUCUUCUAUUGAAAUGAUUUGCGGAGACCAGGGUUCACUGUGACUAAAUAUUGUACAUCACAUGAGUUAUUUGUUUUCUGUCCAUUUUUAGCAAAUUAAAAUGAUUCAUUUGUUUUGGGUUGUUGAAGAUAAAGGUAACAAAAGUCUGUUCACAAUGUUCACGUUCCUUUUGUAAGAUACUACAUUCCUUGUCUUGGUAGAAUGAGUUAGUGUAAAGUCUCACUAAAGUCAAUAUGAAAGGUUGACUUCAUCUUGGGAAAUCUGACCCAGGGGUUGGGUCUGUAGAGCACAUUUCUCUCAAGUCACACAAUGUCAUAUUCCUGGUUGAUCCUGUAAUUGGAUCAUAGUCCUCUGUGACAUCACACCCAUCUUACUAGACUAUAAUGUAAUGACCAAAGAAUUAUGGCCUCUUGGUUUUAACAGGAGAAAGAGAUGGUUUAUAUUCUGGAUAAGAGGGUGAGAUUUGUGCAUUAAAGUAUCUUCCAGAAGGCACUGUGUAGGAUAAGAUUAAAAAAGAAUCCAUAUUGCUGUAGAGUUGAUGUGAUCACAUAUAUUUUAUAUAUUUAAAUUUUUAUCUAUACUUCUAAAAGUUUGGCAGCAUGAAAAGGGUCCUCUUUUAACAAUCAUUUUAAGAAUAUUAUAUUCUCUGAAAAGAAAAAAAUGUGUCAUUGGAAUUUAUUAUCAUAUUGGCUUUUUAGUUUAAAAUGAUAUUGACAGCAUGCCACAAGUGCAACUGCUGAACAAUAAGACCAAAAAGAAAAAAAAAUCCAUAAAAAUUUUACUAGGUUAUUUUGUACUAUAUUGCUGAAAUCAAUGAUUACUUUAUCAAUAGUAGUUUCUUUCCAGAUUGAAAUAAAAAUAAAGUUUUUAAAUAUUUUAUAACUAAUGAAUAUUUUAAUGUCCAAAUUGAUGCUUUCGGUAUCAGAUAUUAAAAGUGAAGGAUUUAUAAGUGUGUAUAGUAGGUUGUUUAAGCAAGAUUAUUUAUGUUUUAUCAAUAUCAUUAACACAGGGACAGAUGUCUAAAUUCAUAUUGCCAUAUUGUGCAUAUGCAACAACUGAAAUGGGUAUAUAGUUCAACUGUGCGCUCAUGACCCAUGUCAGAAAACUGUUACAAGCAUAUUGAAGGGAUUUUUCAUUUCCCAAAAAGAAAAUGUUAUUUAAUUUUAAAAAAUGCUCAUAUUUCCCUAACAAAGAAAAUGUUGAAAUAGCUGUUUGGAAAAUGCAUCCAUUCUUCUGAAGCACAUGAGAUUUUGUUAUGUGGAAUGUUUUUACAGAAUUGUCUGAGGACUUGUUCCCCAAAGGUAUAAUACACAACAUGGUGGCCCUGCAGAAGCUGCUGAAUCCUAACUCCCAACAGGUCUGCUCACAUGCCUGAUACUAAGGACUACUGGGAGAUACAAAUUGUGUACCUACUGUGUGUCCUAAGAAGUCUGGCCUGGUUCUACAUUUGCAAUUACUCAGAAAUCCAUUGAGCACAGAGCAACCAGAUGUAAGCCGAAUAUCAUGUCUUCUUAGUAUCUUCUGACAAGGAGUUGUUGAGCCUUAGAGAAAAAGCUUCAACUCUUCCCUCCUUUCCAGCUAACCCCUUGCUCCCCAAUGGCUUCCUUUUACAUGUUUCCUGCUUGUCUCCAACCCUUCUUUAUAUACCCAUUUUGCUCACUGAUCCAGAGGAGAAGGAAAGAUAGGUUUAUAUAUUUUCAAUCAUUGCCACAUAUGUUGAUCCCAACUUGUUUCAGAGAAUCCUGUCAAGCACCCUCUCCAUCCUUUUCUUAAUCUUAGAGUAUUAUCAACCCACUCUCCUCACCCAUGGAGCCUACAAUGACAUUGGAGCCUCAAAUGACUCUCUCUGAGAGUCUCUUCCCUAGUCUACAACAUGAGUACUGAGAUGCAUAUUUUUCCUCAGUGAUGGAACACAAGCAGGUAAAAAGAGUACUGGAAAAUGUGUUGUGCUUGCUUUGCAGAGAAUUUAUCAGGAAUGCUAACAAUGACCUGGUUGCAGAAGUGCCAGCAGCAGCUUUUGAUAACUGCUGUCUUGCCAUAAGAACUCCAUCAAACAAAAAUGGAAGAACUGACAUUGUGGUUUUGGUUUAUAAGACCAAGAAAUGCAUGGACAUCAUUAAGCAGCAUGAACAGGUUUCAUGGAUUGUAACAUAGAUUUGUCUUGUGUCACUUCUUCACAUAGUUCUCCAAUUUCUCUUUUGCAUAAUAUCUGUUCCUAAGUUUGGUUCCACAUUCUGAUUUAAUGUUUUUCAGAUCAUAUUUUACUGGCACACCAACUCUCUAUACUAUUUUUAAGUCUGACCCUUAUAUGUCACACUAAUAAUUCAUUGUUUGUUGUUGUGCACUGUUCUUGAAGUGCACUUAGAAGUGCCUGGGCUGACUAGAUAGUGCACUUCAUUAUGUACACUAUUUUAUUCCAGAGUUAUUCAUCCAAAAUAUCUCUGUGUUGAGUUUCCAUUCAUGGUGCUUGAAGUAGGUGGGAAUGAUAAAAAAAAAAAUCUCCCUUGCCUUAUUUUGUUGAGCCAGUUGAAAACUUCAUGUCAUUUUUCAUUUUCUUUUACAUUGUCAUUGCAAUUGACUACUAGCAAUGUACAGCCUUUCUUGUUAUUGCAACUAGCAUCUCAUGCAAUCUUCCAUAAAAUUUCUCAGCAUCUUCCUCCAAUUCAUCUGUAGUAAGUGCAUAUAUUAAUGUAACAUUGAUGUUUAUGAAAUAGCCACUAAUUUAAUAUGUCUUUUAAUACUUAUAUGUCUUUUUACAUAUUACUGUCAUUCCAGACACAGCCUGAAUAGUUUAUUGCAUAUCAUUUGUACUUAAGUGGCAUUCUCCAUUCUACCUAAGCUUUCAGCUGGUACACUUCAUCUUCAUUUUGACAAUGUCUAGUUUUCUUUUGUUCCUGAUUCUCAUAUCCAGUAUUCUGAUUGCAAGUAAAAUGAGGAACUCCACUUUCAAUACUGACACCAUCAGUACACAAGAGUUCCUUGCAGUUCUGAUGAGACAUCAUUCUGAUAUAUUUCUUGAAGUUCUACUCUACACUCUUCCCAGAACAAAUGGAACAUCUGAUCCUCUCCUUCAAAUCUGGUGAACUCAUCUAAAUGUUACAGCAACUUUCAUAAACUUUCGUUAGUUACAUAAUAUCAUCUUAUUCUAGUCUUAAUUGUGCAAUUAUUUUUCAAAAUUUGAAAAAUAACACCUGUAGCAUAUCUACCUGACCCUUUCCUUUCUGUGAAUCACUCAUAGCUCAUUCCUUCUCCUUUCAAUUAUUUUGACCCUAUCAGGAGUAUUUUUAAUCUAAUUAGCAUCAGUCAUACAGUUUGCAGAGAUGGAGAUACUUAUUAUUCCAUGUGUAGGAAUUAGAAAAUUAAUACUUUCGUUUCCACUGGAAAUCACCCAUGUACUUCAGGAAAAUUAAAAAUAAAAUCAGAGCUGAUUUCUUCCCAAGACUUGGUGUCCCAACCCUUUCAAGCUGACUUAUUUUUAUAAUCUACAUCCAUAUCAAAAAAUUCAAGUUUAACAUAAUAUAUAUUUUAAUCCAUAGCUGGAUAAAUUAUAUUUGAAUUACUUGAUCAGGUCUGAACCACUAGACAUCUUAUGAGUGAAUAAUAACUCUUUGUUAUCAUUCUGAAGUGAGAUUUCUACUCAUUUUCAUAUCUUAGGUGGCUCAUCUUUUGGGGCAUAUGUCUGUGUAUGUGUUAUUCAAUUACAUGGAACAAGAAAUCAUUUUAAAAGGUAAAUGAAUGCCUCUUCUGCA